CGCCUGACAGAGCAGCCGCGCGCCCCAACGUCGUCCGUCGCCUGGUCCGGCCGGUGAAUAUUCAAUUAUUCGCAGUACAGUACGUCUCGAUCCGGCUCCCGCUGCGCCAAGCUCCCUCGAUCCCUCGUUCGCUCGCUUUGUUCUUUUGUUUGGUUUGGUCUGGUCGAUUUCGUUGUGUAGCGUACGACGAGUGUCAUGCUUCUGCCUGCCUGAUGCUGCUGCUGCUGCCGCCUCCGAGUAAUGGGGAAUCCGAGUCCUUGAGACGUCGUCGAUCCGCCUUGUUUUGUCGCUUUUCUCGUUCUCCAGCUCAGAGCGGAGAGUUCGGAGUUCGGUUUCUUUGAGGGUCCGAUGUCAGCGGCGCUUCGCGAGGAGGAAUGGGAUGCCGAGAGGGAAACUGGAUGGGGAGGAGUGUACGCGUCGGUUUGACGGAAGGCGAUGAGCGUCGAGCUGUUUUGGUGAUUUCUCUGGCCUGCAAGACUUUGUCGAGUACAUGGAGCAUGUUUUGAAGGACGACGAGGACGAGGAGGGGAGGAAGACGAGAUGGUGGUGGUCACCUUUGACGAAUGAGUGAUUUUAUGACCAGACUUCAAGCAACUCGUGGAAAAUUGUUCAGAGACUGAUUUCUGGAAGAGGAAUUUCGGCCAGUUUUUCGUGUUUGAGACGGAGUCCAGAGGCUUGAGAUUGCUGAUCACGCGGUGCGUUCGAAAGAAGACACUGUGAAAAAGGGUACAUCGUUAAUACAACGAGAGAUCUAUGACUCAACUGUGGGAGCCUUAAAUCAAUUGUGUACUGAGGGUCUGGCUCAAGCAUGUGAGGACAGUUGUGUCGAAAUGAACGAGCAGGAUUUUGCCUUGAACUGAGGAAGAACAUGUAUCAAGUUUAGUCAUCGCAACUUGAUUUCAAACGCUAACUUGGCCUCGUAAGUUAGAUUGUCCCAGGUCAGAUAUCAGCUGACCACAAAUCGUUGGGCAAAGAUGAAGGUGUCUGCGAAUUUGACACGGAGUCAGCUGAGUAUCUUGCAUCACGUUGUCAAUUAUGUGCUAGCGAUUUGACGUAGAUUGUUGAGAGGAACAAAGGUCCAAGGCAUGACAAAUGUACCACGGGAAGUACAUAGUUCAAUGGGCCAGACUUGAGACUCACGAAGAUUGGAGAAUCACAUCCAUGUCUAUCGUGAAAUUCAAGUCUUGCUAAUGGCCACAAUCCUUUCCCUUCUUAGCUUUUGUUUAACAAUGUCUAAACCACGCUACCGACGGGGUGGAAGAGGCUGGAUUGGUACCGGUUGUGGAAGGUAUGGAAGAAUUAACAUUUGUAUCCUAGCCGGAAUCCUCUUACUCUUGGGAUCUGUCUGCUUUCUGCAAUUUCGCCUUGCCGAAGAUGAUAAGAGAGGGGAGGACUCAGGGACUUUGCUGGGUAAGAACAAUCGUUCUGCUUAUAGUUUGGAUGUCAUGGAACAUGAAAAAAUGAGGCUUUUGAGAGAAGGAGAAGAAAGAGGCCUAGAUUUGGAACGUGAGUGGAGAAGUAUGGUCAACGAAGAAAUGGAAGGAGUUGUCGGUGACAGUGAAGGGGAAUCCAAUUUCGAAGACGAAUUAGAGGCAGAGAGCAGGUUGAACGAAUCGUCGGAGAGCGAAGACGAGGAAGACGGAGGAGAGAGAUUCGAGGAGUUAGAUACGGAGAUGGACAUGGAAGAUGAAGAUGUGGAUGAAUUUGAGAGCUUCGGUGGAGAUGUGGGUGAAUGGCUUAACGAGGUGGACGAGUUCACUGGGAAGAAAUCCGGGAGAAAUUCAGAGAAUUCAGUCGAAAUGCUGAAUACCGAUGACAAAAGUGCUGGGAAGGCUAGUACGAGGGAGAAAGGAGGAAGAGACAGUAGAGUACUGGAAGAGAGGAAACUAGGUGUACAUUCUCAGUCUCGAAAGGAGAUUCUUGAGACUCGUAGCAGUCAAAAGGAAGGACAGGAACAAAUAGGGAAGGAAAUUUCACAGGCUGUGUCAGAACAGGAGGGAGAUAAGCAAGUUACAAAGGAAGCGGAAGCUGCUGAUGGAACAAAUGAGGAGUCCAACAGUCUUGUAAAGCAGGACACUGUUUCUGGUGGUAAGUCAGAGCCCUCAUGGAUACAGUCCCUUGCACGGCACAAUAAGAAGGUCGAUGGGGAGGAAAAUGAGUCAGUUGCUCUUUUAAAAACUGGCCAAGCGUUCAAAGAUAAGACUCGCUCCAACACAUAUCUGAGAGGUCGUAAAAACGGUGGUUCACAGGGAGACCUCAUGUCAGGUUCUGGUAAUGCGGAGCUGGCUGACGUAGAUACGAAGAUCUCCACCUACUUCAAGGAUUCUGAUGUAGUCAGAGGAGUAUUUAGUACAGAUGAUGAACCCGUUGAUGAUGAUAUAUUAGAACGUGUUGAGAACAUGAUGGACUUUGAAGAUGUUUUGAUGAUCAAGAAAAAAACAAAUCCUAAUUUGGAGGCGCGUUUGAAGAAAGCUGUUGAUAAAGAGGCGGGAAAGAAAGAUAAAGGGGGAAAAGCUGUUUUCGAUCCUCUUAAUCCUGCAAACAACCCACUGUUGCAGGAUCCUGAUACAAGUGAAGGCAGUGGGCUCACAAAGAGUGAUAGAGUGCUGCUGAAGGCGAAAAGACGAACAAAUUUUGCAGCUGAUUCUCUUUUUGAAGAGGAAACUCUGAUUCAGAGACGUGUUGAGAGUGAAUCGAAGAAGGUGGAGAUUCAGGCUCAAGGGAUCGUAGAUAAGAUAACAACCACUGAAAAAGAGCCCAAAAGGCUAGACAGUACGGAGGUGGAAAUUCGUCCGGAGACUAGUGAGACCAAGCCCGAGAAAGCCUUCGAGCAGUUGAAUGAAGAGCAAGGGUCAUUUGAGAAGGUUGAUGAAAGCUUUGAUAUCACAGUUGGUCAGAAAAAACACCAAACAGCAGUCUCCCGUGGAAAAGUGAAACGAGUAGAAGGAAAUGUUGAUACAAGGAGAUGGGGCCAUUUUCCUGGACUUAACCCGAAGUUAUCCUUCUCAAGAUUCAUGGAGGCGUUUCUUUUUGAUAAAAAAUGUGGUUUGAGAGUUUUCAUGGCUUGGACAACACCUCCGUGGUCAUUCACCAUCAGACAUCAACGAGUCCUGGAGAGUCUUCUCAGUUUCCACCCUGAUGCUUGUGUGGUGGUUUUCUCCGAGAGCAUUGAACUCGACUUUUUCAGGAGUUUUGUGCAAGAUGGGUACCGCAUAGCAGUUGCAAUGCCCCAAUUACAGGAGCUAUUGGAAGACACUCCAAGUGAAGAUUUCGCAUCCAUCUAUUUAAAGUGGCGGGAGGUUGACCUGUUCUACCUUCAUUACACCGAGUUGCUACGGCUUGCUGCCCUUUAUAAAUAUGGUGGAAUAUACUUGGACAUGGAUAUGAUAGUACUGAAACCAUUGACCAGUUUGCGCAAUACAUUAGGAAGUGAACUACUUCCAGAUGGCCACACACGCCCAAAUGGUGCAGCUAUGUUUUUUGAAAGAUUCAGUCCUUUCUUGAACGCAUGCAUGUUAGAGUACACCGCUACGUACGAUGAGAAGCUGGAGCAGUGGAACGGCGCAGCUCUGGUCGAUAGGGUGGUGAAUGCACCACUGUUGGGUAGCGGUGCUCUGAGCCUUGAAGUCCGCAACAGUUUUAGUUUGAGAAGACCUUCAGUCUUUUUCCCAGUGAGUUCAGCAGAAAUUUUCAGAUACUUCGUUGCACCCGAGGAUGAAAUAUCACGCAGAGAAGAGGACGACUUUUUUGAGAAAAUUCUUCAAGACUCCUUCACAUUCCACUUGUGGAACGCGCUUACAUCAAAACUUGUCCCUGAACCUGGAAGCUUAGUUCAAAGGAUAAUGGAGAGAAAGUGCCUUCGUUGUACAGAUAUCUUGUAAAGUUGAUGUCUGUCUGGAUGAGUAGUACGAUGUAUUGCUACUAGAUAUCAGACGCAAGGAAGAAAUUCACCUACGUGAGUGAAGCUAGAGAUCUUUCAGCAUUAGGGAGCUGGUACCUCCAGAGACUUUUAAGAUCUUAAUAGUCUCAUAUAAAAGCUGGAGAUUAGAUCUCACUUUAUGGUAGAUGUUCUCUCAGCAAUCUCGAAGACGAGAUUCAUUAGGAGCGUGAUCAGUCUUGUAGGAGUUCUCAUAGCGUCGAUCGUAAAGCUACAGUAGUAGCACGUUUAGAAUCGCAUCCAUAGUAUUAGGGAUGCUCAAUUUUGAUAGAUAAGGUUCAGAGACAAUAUAAGUUUCUGACACGCCCUGUAGUUGUAAUCCAGGAAGAAAGUAAUGUAGAGUGCGCACUGGUUACUACUUUUUAGAUGCCAGUGUCUUGUACAGCUUGUUGUAAAGGCAAAGUCGGC